AUGUUCACUCUACCGCAUCCUUCAACUAUUAGAAAAUGGUUAAGUAGUAUAGAAUGUGAACCUGGCUUCUUGGAAGAAGUACUUUUGUUUUUGAAACAAGAAGUUUCUAAAAAUUCUUGGCUUCAAGAUUGUUCACUUGUUCAUGAUUCAAUGUCUUUAAGAAAGCAACUAGUUUGGGAACCAGAUAAAGGUAGAUAUGCAGGAAAUGUUGAUUUUGGUACUGGUGAAAAUUCUGAAUUAGCAACUGAAGCUUUAGUAUUAAUGAUAGUUAGCUUAACUAGACAGUUUAAAUGGUUUUUUUUAUGUCAACAAAAUUAA